AUGUUACGGUUGAACCCUCCAGACCGCAAGGUUGUGAACUCGUCAAUUUUUGUGACGUUCUGCCCGCUCAUCGUUUAUUGUUCUCCAGGACCCACUAGUAACACAUGCUUGAACGCCAUCUACGUCGCCUUGGGCGAGACGCGCGACGGCAAGAGUUGGUACACAUCGACGAAGGAGCUGCAACUAGCGUCCUUGGAGUUCUGCAUGGCGUGCAGAGCCUAUCAGACGCUGCAUUUGAUUGUCGACGUCCGAAUCCCACGUAUGCUACUGGCCGCCGCGGAUGGCCCACCUCAGCACCCGAAACGGCUAUCUCGAAGGCGCGUGCCACGGUUGAGAGCACGUCAUGUGACGUGGAACAUGCCUACAGCAGCGGAAUUGAGGAGCCCGAUCUUUGCGCUGAUGGACUUGGACCACCUGGACUUCGGCAGUGCCUUCGAAGGAAGCCUUGAGGCUGUGACAUGGCCACGGCGGCUGGAAUCGAUCGCUUUUCACAAUUUUUCACCAUUCAACACACCUAUCGACCUUGUCAAAUGGCCGGCAUCGCUGAAGAGGCUUGCUUUUGGAAACAGUUUCAACCAACCGAUUGAACAUGUCGAGUUUCCGGCAUCAUUGAGGCAGAUCAUAUUCGCAUUUUUUUCAUGUUUCAACCAGCCGAUUGCUGGCGUCACUCUGCCGACUUCUCUGCAGAAGCUUGCCUUGGGGGCAAGCUUCAACCAUCCGAUUGAAGAUGUCGCGUGGCCACCGUUUCUGCAGGAGCUUAUCUUCGGGAAAUACUUCAAUCAGCCCAUCAGACGGGCCAAGUUUCCGGCAUCGCUGCAGAAGCUAAGAUUUGACCAAUAUUCGUGUUUUAAUCAACCGGUGGAUGGCGUCAUUCUGCCGACGUCGCUGCAGCAACUUGCCUUGGGGGCAAGCUUCAACCAUGCUUUAGACGGUGUCGCGUGGCCGUCGUCCCUGCAGGAGCUCAUUCUUGGAAAAACCUUCAAUCAGCCGAUCGGGCGGACCAAGUUUCCGGAAUCGCUGCAGAAGCUCAGAUUCCACAGGUAUUCGUGCUUCAACCAACCGAUUGCUGGGGUCCUCCUGCCGACUUCACUGGAGCAGCUCGCCCUGGGUGCAGAAUUCAACCAGCCCAUAGAAGGCGUUGCGUGGCCGUCGACCCUGGAGGAGAUAAUAUUCGGAGAAAAUUUCAAUCAGCCGAUCGGGCGGGCCAUAUUUCCGAGAUCGCUUCAGAAGCUCAGUUUCGAUCCUCGGUCGCGUUUCAACCAACCGAUAGCUGGAGCGAUUUUGCCGAUGUCGCUGCAACAGCUUGCCUUCGGGGCAAAUUUCAACCUUCCCGUCGAAGGCGUCGUGUGGCCGCCGUCCCUGCGGGGGCUCUUCGUCGGAAAACACUUCAACCAACCGAUCGAGGGCGUUGUUUGGCCGUUGUCGCUGAAGACUCUCAUCUUUGACGGUGAAGCGCGGUUCAACCAACGUCUUAACCGUGUGGCGUGGCCAACAUCGUUGCAGCAGCUCAAAUUUGGCGACGCCUUCGACCGUUCAAUCAAACAGGCUAGGUUUCCGGGGUCCCUGCAGCAGCUCUCUUUUGGGGACGGAUUCAACCAGCCCAUUGAGAGCGUUCUAUGGCCAGAUUCACUUCAGAGGCUAACCUUCGGAGGGAGUUUCAACCAGACAGUUGACGCCGUGAGGUGGCCGUCGUCUUUGCAAGAGCUUACGUUUGGAAGGUUCCACGAUUUGGGGUGCAAUGUAGUAGUGAUGUACUCACGAUUUAAUCAAAGUGUCGGUACUAGCGUUUGGCCGGCAUCGUUGCGACGACUCACACUAGGUCACAGGUUCAGGCAGUCACUGCAAGGACUGGGCAUUUGGAUGCCCCACCUUCAAGUAUUUCGUCUUCUCGACUACGGUGUUGGUAGCGAUGGCCUACUGCGUGGAAUCGAAUGGCCGAAGGGCCUCCGUCACCUGACCGUGUUGGCAAGAUCGAACUUAGAAGGGGUCGAGAUUCCUUCGACUAUACAGGUCUGUCGUCCAGACCUAGAUGGUUGACUACGCAAAGAAAGGCGCAAGGUUAACUGGAGUCGUGUUGUUUACGAAGCUCAAGUAGACUAGUGUUUUUCUUCGAGAGGUAUCUGGAGCGCGGUCGAAUGAGGGAAUAGCUGUAGUGGCACCAUGGCCAGUUGGAGUGCUUCCAAGGGUCCUCAUCGUUUCAGUUGAUGACGUGGAUGACCCCAAAUAUACUACUGAUCACGGUUGGAUGUCAACGUGGGUGGUGAAGUUGCGGGUGCGGGGAUAACAUGCUGUUGACGGUAUCUGUUGGGCAGGGACCAUAUUUUCCUUUCAACACCUGUGCUCGGUUCCCCAGUCGCCACGAAGGAAUCCGCUAAAAAUAUCUGCGAUUUUGAUGAGACAGAACGCUACG